GAGUGGAGAAUCUGCUGGCAGGGCCCUGCUCUGCUUCGGGAUUUUAUGCACCUGUCCGGGUUACUGCUCGCCCUGGAGAAGGAGGAGAAGGGACCUGUCCCGGCCAUGUGCUCGGUAAGCGAGGGCGGCAGCACAGACCCCUUCGUAGCCCGCUUCAGGCAGGUGGAGGAGACGCUGGAGAAGCUGCACCGGGAGAACAGGAGCCUGAAGAACAAAGUGCCUCGGUACAACGCGCUCUGCACCCUGUACCACGAGUCCGCGCAGCAGCUGAAGCAUCUCCAGCUGCAGCUGGCGGCCAAGGAGGCGACGAUCCGGGAGCUGCGGGGCAGCCUGGCCCGGCAGCCGCAGCCCCCGGCGCCGGGAGAGGCGGCGGCGGGCGCGGAGCCGGCCCGCUCGCUGGUGGAGAGCCUGCUGGAGCAGCUGGGACAGGCCCGGGAACAGCUCCGGGACAGCGAGCGGCUCUCGGCGCGGAGGGUGGAAGCGCUGAGCCAGGAAGUACAGAAGUUGCAUCAGCAGCUAGAGGAGAAAAAUGGAGAGAUACAGCAGAUGAUAAAUCAACCUCCAUAUGAAAAGGAGAGAGAAAUCUUACGACUGCAGAAGACCUUGGCAGAGAAGGAGAAGGCUCAAGCCACCAGUGAUGUUUUGUGCCGUUCACUCACCGAUGAAACUCACCAACUUCAACGCAAAUUAGCCUCCACAGCAGAAAUGUGUCAACAUCUGGCAAAGUGUCUAGAAGAGAAGCAAAGAAAAGAGAAGAGGAAUUCAGAUGACCAGAUACCUACUGAAAGAUCUAAUCAGGUUUUAGACAAUGAAACUUCACUUCAAGCUCUUAUCUGCAACCUACAAGAUGAAAACAGGAUGUUAAAACAAAAAGUGGCUCACGUGGAAGAUCUGAAUGCAAAAUGGCAGAAAUACGAUGCGAGUAGGGAUGAGUAUGUGAAGCGACUCCACGUGCAGCUGAAAGAGAUGAAGACACAACUGGAGCAGCAGCACGGCCUGACUUCAGCACAAACUAAUUCUGACCUGAUGCACAAGGAGAUAUUCCGGCUAAACAAGCUACUGGAAGAAAAAAUGAAUGAAUGCAUAAAAACAAAGAGAGAACUAGAAGACAUGAAGAAGGCUAGUGAAGGAGAUAACGAGCGCAUACAAAUGCUGGAGCAACAGGUCCUCGUUUAUAAAGACGAUUUCACAUCUGAGAGAUCAGACAGAGAACGAGCACAGAGCAAAAUACAAGAACUUCAGGCAGAAGUUGCAUGUUUGCAACACCAGCUAGCAAGAAGACAGGACUCAAGAGACACAAGUAGUCAUUUCAGAGUUCACGCUGGUAAACAAAAUCAUCUGUACCUACAGACGAAUGUGGAACAUCUACAGGGCAACAGCCAGGCCAAACAGGCACGAGAAGAACACCUUCACAGUCUGAACAAGCUUCUCCUCCUGCGGACAAUGGAAACUCGGGAUCCGAAGGCAGGGCACAGGGUGAACUCAGAUGCCCUCAUUGCAUGAGGUUUUUCAGGGAUGAACUCAGCGAUGAAUUCCUCAAGCACGUUGCUGAAUGUUGUCAGUGACCGCGGGAUAUGAGGGGGUGUAAGUCAAUCACUACUUUAUAGACAUAAAACUUGGCUCUAUACAUAUCUCCUACAGUCCUAAACAAGAGUAAUUCAAAUGGAGAGCUCUUGGGAAUUAGGAGAAUGAACAAUAUCUACCUCUUGCUUAAUUUCACCUUCUCUUGGACUGUAUGAAAGGCCUCAAGAGAAAGCAAAGUGUUUUUCUGAAAAAUUAUUUUUGACAGCUACAAAGAAGAAGGCAAGCAUAAUGCAAAUUCUACUACAACUAAACUGAAACCUACGGUGGUAGUUCAGCUUCAGAGUGCAGCUUGACUUGUAUUUGGGUCUAAUUCUCUACCGCAGUCUGACAGCUUGUGAAAAAAGUUACUGAACUUGAAAUUUUCCUCUUCUUCCAAAAAUGCAGGCUGAAGAACAGGGAGGAACAUUUUGACAAAAGAUAGGAAAAAUCUUACUGUGCUUUAUCUGGAUUAAAAGCGAAAGUAUUUUCUGGUCUAUUGAUGCUGAACUUUCAGACGUAUCAUCUGAAAAUCCUUGUGUUUAACUGAAAUCAGAAGAGAUAAAAAAAACCAUAAAAGGGCUGGUUAUUGACUAAACUAGCCUGUCUUUUUGCACAGAGACAAGGUACAGGGAUAUUUAUAUUUUCUGUGCCAUAAGUAACUAUUUUACAGAUUUGUAAAUGUGUAUUUGUGUAAUUAUUGAUUAUAUUCCUAUUUUACCUAAGGAUUAUUUUUAUAAUAAAAGUGAUCGUGCAGUUGCUUUACUACAUUAGUAAGGGGGUUGAAAAUCUCCCUUUCAGUGUAAGUAUUUAAAUGUGAAAUAGUCCCAGUGGCUAUACUAAGGGCUAAUUAAAGGUCACUGCUUCAGAUAUGACUUAUUUCAUUACUUCAGUGAUAACCAGCUUCUCAGACUAUUUUCAAAUAUGUUGAAAAAAAAUCACCUCUGAGCAGAAGAAUGACCUUUCAGAGGCAAAGGAACAUGUUUAAUGCCCUACCUUGCCACACAUCUAUGACUAUGCCAACGCUGCCUUAAAUUUCUUCUUGUCUGCACUGGAGAGAACUUCAGCAAAUAGCAGGGGACUGCUUUGAGAAGAAGUAUCUGAAAUUAAAGUUUACAGACAUAAGAGCGCCACAGUUUUUCCCAGCCUUGGCUCCAGGUGUUUCUCACUGUGCAAGAGUUGGGGUUAAGGAUGGGAUACAAAGUAAAGGCCUGCUGCAACCAUGGCACUUCAUAAUUAAAGAAAACAGUCCUGUCUUCUGCUUUGCUUUGUUCCCUGUUCUACACUUUAGGAGCAUUGUGGGUAUUUUUCUGGAUAUUUCCUUUUCAGGAUCCAGUUGCAGCCCUAAAGGAAGACAGUGGUUUAUGCCACUGUUGCCUUAGGUGGGAUAAUACCAAAAAAGAUGGCUGGGCCAUUGCACUUGCAUGCUGCAUGCAAUGGUUAUUAUUAAUCUAAUCUACAACUGCUUGCAAAUCUGUAAUUGAUUACUAGCCUGUUUUAACCAACACAUGUACAAACAUGCAGAAAUUUUUAUUUUUUUCCUUUUUUUAGUGACCAUUUUUACAUUGCCUUUUAAGGUCCUAAGAGAUCAGAUGCAGCCCACAGAAUAUAAGCUGAGAAACAUGGUUAAACUUCCUGUGGCAUAAACUAAUCUUACUUUUUCUGACUGGUCUCAUUAAACAAGCCUGGUUUACAGCUUCAGUAUACAUCAAUAUGAUAUUGCCAGUGAUUGAUACAGCAGAAUAGGGACUUGAUUUUUUUAUUGAUUCACCCCAUAAGGCAGUUAAAAAACAAAAUCAACAGUAAAGCAAGUUAAAUCUUGGCAGUGUCUGUUUUUAAUUGCAGAGAUGAUGACUGCUUUAAUAUACAUCAGAAGCUCAAGUCUCCUAUAGGUUUCCACUCAUGUUAAUCCCUGUGGGUAGUUGGACAGACUGACCUACAACUAUUAGAAAUAGAUGCAAGAAUUAGAGACAAGAAUCUGCAGUACAAAGAAAAUAAUAGUACAUAUUUUUUUGGAUUUAAGUUCUGUGAAUUAGUCCCCAGUCAAAGCAGAGGUUAUUUUCAUACUAAUCCUGGGAAGGGAGGGCACUUCAGUGCUGGGAAACUGGAUAUACCAACAGCAAGGACAACACUGGACCAACAAACACAAACAAGUGAAGUUAUAGAUCAAGCACAGAUUACAGCUACCACCUAAAGCAAUAAAUGCUGCAAUAAAUGACAACUGGAAUUUGAGUACCUGGGGCAAAAAUCUAGGACAGAUCUGUUGGUUUUCUGUACAAAAUUACCUCCCUUCAGAGCUGUUUUACUUUAUAAUUUUCUACUGAGGGUUUUUUUUCCUUUCUGGCUGGUAAAAAGCCUUAACUAUUUCUUUCUUGUUUUGGCUUAACCAAGAAAACAGUUACACUGUGAAGAACUACCCAUGUCUAACAUGCAAAUGUUUGCUUCAGAUGAUAGGGCAUAAACUAUUGCUCCUAAGAAAAGUUGUCUGUUAUGCAGUGCUUUGACUUUUAUGCCAAAUUGCCUGGUAGAUCUCUUGAAGAAACACUAGAAAGUCUUUACUUGCCCCCUCCUCACCAGGCAAAGCACACACACCAAGGCAUCCCCAGCAACUGCCACCAUGAGCUACAUUCACAAAUCACAUUCCUCAACUUUCACACUAGAAUGCAUAAAACCUGUCAGCUCCACUGCCCUAACACUGAAAUGAAAGCAGCCAUGAGUUUCCAGCAUUUUUGAACCCUUUAAAUUAAGGAAAGCUCCUUCUGGCCUCACACUGGUAUUCUCUGCCUGUUGGACGGUCACCCAAGUAGUGUGUCUUUCUUGGUCAAAUGGUAAGAACAACCCAACUUCUUUCCUAAAAGAAAGCAGUAAAGGCACAGUGAGUAAGAAAGUAACUGCAUACAGUGAAAGGAACUUCAGCAGCAUAAACUUUGUGAACUUUCAUUAUCCAUUUUUACUACACUGGUUCACAGAAACACAUCAUCUGUAAAACUGCAGAGACACGUCCUCACACAAGAGACUUCUGAAAUCAUACAGAAAAGCUGUAUGACCAAAUGGGACUCGGUUCUUUAUUUGCUGUAUCAGUAACAGAAGGCAUCCAAGAGCAAUGAGCCCUGUUUUCAGGGAAAGUUAAUGCCCACUUAGGCUUCCAUAAAUCUCUCAUUCAGGUGACCAGUGCCUGUACUGCCGAGGCAUGCCAGUGCUAGAAAACUGACAGAGGUCCAGGACUGCAAGGCCAGGGAGGCUGAGAGCAGGCAAGAUAACUGUCUCUUCUGGGACCUGUAGGAAUAUGUCUUAGCAUAUUAAGAGCUGCCAAGAUGGCUUUGUCCAAUUACCUUCAUGAUUAGUCCAUCCCUUCCCCUAAAAUUUCUCCUUCAGUAAAUGACCUUCUCUCAGUUUUGCUCUAGAAAUCAACUUGAGUUGAGGCCCAGGGCAACUCAGAGCUCCUGAGCAGCUGUCUCACCUCACCAGCAAUGAGGUUUUCAGACUGCAUAACCUCCAGUUGCUGGUCCUCAUUUCUCAUGUACCUAAUUAGAAUGUAUUUUGCUCGGGAUUUUAAAGUAAAUGCUGUUUACUAAUAACCAUGCUGGUUGUCAUGCAGAAGUAGGCCCGUAGCACACAAUCACGACAGCAGCUGUAGGCAACACUGACUCACUUAGAAAACUUAACUUAGAAAACACAACCACAAAAAGCCUCAGAUGUUGGUAUCUACCCCAAAAGCCCAAGGGAGAAAAGAUCAACAAUAGUGCUGUAUCCUGCAGCACGGGCAGCACCGAGCCUAAAAAGCUUCUCAAAUAACCUGCAACUUCUAAGGCAAUGUCUGCUUCCCCCUCCAAUGAUUUAGGACAUCACAUCUUUUAAAACAAGCUUUAAAUGAUGCCUAAAGAUUAAGUGCUCACUAAUAAUAAAACUGACUACAAGAAUAAAAUUUAUUCAAGAAGCAGAUACCUAUGCUCUAUGAUUUUUUUAAAACUUCCAUUUCCUGUGGCUUUGCUGCAUGUGUAUAUAUAGAAAGCAAGGGAAAUUC